AUGAUGUCGAGGACAUUUAGGAUUCUUGCUGCUUUCACUUGCCUGUUUCAGCCCUCGCUUGCUCAGGGAAAUGAAUGUGUGGACGAUGACACUCAGAUUGCACUAAUGGGAGCCCAACAGGGUCGAAAUGACAUGACAGCCUGCAUCGAUGUCAUGGAAGGUUGCAACAUUCAAAAUCAUUUAGGAGAUUCCUUACGAGAGAUCUGUUGUAAAACGUGUUCCGACUACGACCCGAACAAACCAGCUGUGGCAACGCAACUCCCCAGCCCAGGCGAAACCGUUCAAGUCUAUCUUUUGGCAGGUCAAUCCGAAUGCACAGGCCAAGCAGGAGUCGGCGAGUUGACUGCUGAUCCUCAAAGGUAUCCCGAGUUGCAAGGCGAGAUUUCUGGAGUUUGGUUUGCUGGCUACGCUAGUCCCGCUGCUGUCGACCGUUUUUUCAUUGCUCCCAUGAAAGCCGGAAGAGACCGGACUCUGUUUGGACCUGAAAUCUCCUUUGGGGAACGCAUGCACGCGGUGACAGGCAGGCCAACCAUGGUGAUGAAGUACUGUUCGGGUGGUACAAAUACCCACUCUCAUUGGAACCCAUUCAAUAGACGAAAUAUGUGGGAUACGUCUGCCGACGAUGGGACAGCUCAGUGGAUGGCAACCAAUGGUGGCCUCGACUUUGCUACCAAAAAGACUCAAUUUAAGAAUAUGGUGUACACGAUUCGACGAACACAGGAGGCCUUAUUGAAUGCUGGAAUUCUUUUCAAUUGGGCGGGUAUCGUUUGGGUUCAAGGACAAGCCGAUCUCAAGGGUGGAGAUCCUGUCUGGAAACUAUUUGGCGAGGGUACGGCUCGAGUCUGGGACGGCUUUCGACGAGAAGUUGGACGAGACGUCCCGAUUAUUGACACUGGUUCCAACACCCACAAUCAAUUGCAGAGCGGAAAGGAAUACGCGACUCAACUAGUCAAGGGGUGCAAGGCCAAGAAUGUUGAAUUUGCCCUCGCUUCCAACGACGACACUGCAUCGGAUUGCGUUGUGUCAGCCUCGACUCCAUGCUUUGAUUCGCCCAACUUGCAUCUGAAUGCAGGCCCCCUAUUGUUUUAUGGAUACGAUCCUUUGUUUCCAGCAGGAGAACGAAAAUGUGAAGAUCGUAGCACCUGCAAAGAAUUUGAAUGGUAUCGCAAGUACCCAACCAACAUUCACAGUGGAUACGAGGGUAUGAUUUUGAAGGGCCGCAUGCUGGCGAAUGCCUUUGUUAGUGAGUUUACGGACUACACGUUGCCGUCUUCAUACCUUCAUUCAGAUCCCGCUGCUUUGUAUCCAUGGAAACCAUGUGCUACUGGGACACUACCUUCCGAGGGGAACUACUGUUGGAUCGACUACCGGGAUGAGAGCAUGAUGAUCAAACCUUCCUCCGAGUUAUGUUCUUAUUCUCAGAAUAUCGUCAUCGACGACAGUAAUGGACCUUAUGGAGACCAGAACAAUGGCAUAACAGAUGACAGCGGCAAAGGUGACGGCAGCACUAACAAUGGCAACAAUGACAACAUCUUCGACCAAGACUUCAUAGAGGACGAUGACUUCGACGACGACUUUGACGACGACCUUGAUGACGACUUUUACUACGGAAUUGGAGGUAUGGAAGAUACUUCGGCUGGAAAUGGUCGGGGUAGGGGUCUCCUGGUGGUUUUAGGUACUGUCAUGUUCUUCCUGCUUCAGCCGUUCACGUUGUGA